GGAGCUAUAGCCCUUUUAACGAGAUGCAUCUACAUUGCCACUGCUUGGGCUGUACUUCAGAGUGGUGCCAGCGAGCUAGCCACGGGCAUGCGGGACAAAGCACUCUUCUGGAGGGCAAAGGCUCAAGCACGGCGAUCUAAGUAUGCCGCGGCCCAUCACGACCUAGAUAACAUGGAAAACCCUUCGGUGGAGGUACAACGACUUCAGAGGGAACUGCGACGAGAAAAGGCUGAAGAUCGUCGAUCGACGAGAAAAAUUGUUAAAGAGCUGUGCAA